CUCUAAUCGUAUAAAAUGCAUCUUGGCUGCAGUUCUGAAAGUAUUCUACAGUUUGUAACUAAACCUUCAAGUCCACUUAGCCAGCGCUGCUUAGCAAAACAACAAAAAUUUUCAACAUGAAAUUGAUGCUAGUCUUUGGUAUUUUCUGCAUUGUCUUGGCCUGUUCCUGGGCAGCACCUCAAGGCGGCAAGGAUGUGGAAAUUGUUGAGUUAACCAAUGAAAAUAUCGGCAUUGAUGGCUAUAAGUUUAGUUACACCCUAAGCGAUGGCACAACACGCACAGAAGAGGGUACCGUUCUCAAUGCUGGCACUGAAAAUGAAUCAUUAUCGGUGAAGGGUUCCGUGUCAUGGGUAGCUCCGGAUGGUCAAACAUACACCGUGAACUUUGUGGCCGAUGAAAAUGGUUUCCAACCCGAGGGUGCCCAUAUACCAAAAUAAGCUACC